AUGAAUGCAGCUGCACUUCUGUGCAACAUCUGCCCCAAGCAGCCCACCUUCAGCGAUGUGUCUCACUUGCUGACCCACAUCUCGUCGAAAGCACAUCUAUCGCACUAUUUCAAACUUCAAGUACGCAGCCAUCAAGAACAGCAGGCAAUCGCUCUGCUGCGUGAGUAUGAUAGAUGGUACAAGGUCAAUAAUCUAGCAAGAUUGCUUUCUGAUCGAAUGUCCUCCAAGGAGGCUCGCAAGAGGAGAGCUCACGAGAAGGUCAACACAAAGAGGGAGCUUGAACAUGAAGCUACCCCGCCAGUGCCCGCUGCCUACAUUUCACCACCGAAUCCCCUCCCUGACUAUCUGGAUCCGCGUCUCUCCAAUCCCUAUAUCAUCGGUCCCGAGCCUAAAAAUGAAAGCCUACCUCUUCCCACAAAUCCUUCGCUGGCUUCCAGAACCCCUACAAGGAAGCUUAUGAUAUCUGGCUCCAGUUCUUGGAAACAGGAAACUGGCCCAGACUCCGACGAGGAGAUCGCAGUCCAGUCCACAUUGCACUGGUCAGGGAGCAAAGCGGACAUUCUUCCCCAGCACCCGGCCCAAUACGGCUAUGAUAUCUUUACUGAGGACAAUGACAAUGACAGUGUUGGCUUCCCAACCAACAGUGAGAUGGACAAGGAGAGGGCAGAUGAGAUAGCUCGAUUGAAGGGCGUGCUGUGGCCCGGAAUGGAUAUCUUUGACUCUGCCACGGAACAAAUGAGGCGUCGACGUAACCAAAAGAAGGAUGAGAGCAUCUUGAAGAUGAUGGAGAAGACGUCUUUGCGUGUCGAGCCUACAGAGCUCGUUUUUUCGCCUACUGGUAUCUUACGCAAGCAGCGUGUGAUAUCGGGUAAUGUUGAAGAUAGCAGCCCUCUGAAAGGAGAGACACCAAUUCCCAAACGAAAAUCCAGUCGUCCCAAGCGGGCUCUUGCGCAAGUCGAUGGCAAUGUCCAUCGUGGACAAGACAGAAAGAGGAGUCGAAAAUCUACCAAGCGGAAUGGAAACAGCGUGGAUGAAGACAUGGCUGGAAGAGACAUACAGGGGCCCUUGGCUUCUCAACGGCCACUUUGCCACGUCAGUCGAGACGACACGGAUGAGUUUGCAUUAUCAUUCAAAGGCAAUCAGCCAAGGCCUCACAAUGGGUUUGCCAUCUUUCGGGAUGCACCGGAUCAGUACAAAGCAAGCUCCACGAAUCAUCAUUGUGAUGGAUCGCAUUCUGCGACGUCGGCUUCCUCUCAUCCCAUCUUUCUGCUUCAAGGAUUCAAUGCCCAUGGUGAUACUUACCCACUAUCCUCCAACAAUCAUGCUCUGGCCUUGACUGAGAGAAACUAUGGCAUGUCCAUGGACAAAGAGAACAUUGAACCACUGGUUGAUGUUCGUAGCCAGAUUGAUCUUUUUGUUGACUGGCAUUCUCCUUCGAUCAAAAGGCGUUCGGUGAGCGAUAUGGGCUAUCCACCCCAGUGCUUUUUUGGAGACUUGCAGCCCGCUGGCUUCAGUCCGUUCGCUAGCCAAGAGAGUCCCAUGGGGUACUCAUUCAACCCUUUGACCGUUUCACUUCCCAGGUUGCCCGCUGAAGACAAUCCAAUGUACACAGCGAAGGCCAACCACAAACCCCAGCCUCAGAAUGGAGAACAGCCAGACUCUCCCGGGGCAACAAUCUCGGAUGUCGAUGAAUGUGAGUUUGAGCGGCUCUACCUAGAUGGGAGCUCGUAUUAGGGUCUUGCCUUCUUGCGAUUACCCAACAUGCUCUUAUUCAAGUUCCUUUGCCGUGCUAAUUCAUCUUCUCAUAUUUCCCCUCCGGCCCUGAAACACAUCAAUUUGUUGAGCGGCCGUGGUCAGCG